CCUCUGACAUGACCCCAGUACAUUCCAAUGUCCGAACGUCUGGAAGGUUGGUUGGAAAAUCAGUUCAUUUCAAAAUCUUAGCAUUAUGUUUCGUUUGCACCUUUGUCUACGUUUACUUAUAUUCUGAAGUCAGUCGGCAGGCAAUAGCCAUCAGGAAAUUGAUGAAGGGGAUCCUCGAUAACUUCCGGUUCUGGGGACAGCAGAUCCGACAUUGGUGGAAUUUAAUCCAAACAACUGGAUUAAUUGGAGACGUGGAACUCAUGGAACGUGAAAGGAAUAUUACUAAAAAUUACGCAGAUACUCUUGUUCCUAGAUUUAUGUUUCCAUCAGAAUUUAACUUCAGUAAUCAUGGAAACAAUCUUACUUACAUAGAAAAAUUAUCACGUGUUUUAAUAAAAGCAAACAAAACCUUGCUAACAUUGUUCACAACAUGGCAGACAACGGUUGAAAAAUUCAUUUGUCAUAAUAAUACAAUAAGAAAUUGGAAUCAAUUGAAACCAUUUGUUCAACCAAUACUCUUUUCUGAUGAUCAGGAUUUGUCAGUCAAAGUGACAGAAAUGGGUUGGAAGGUCUUACCCAUCUCCAACACAGGUAGAGGAGUACCUGUCCUCAAAAAUAUGUAUCUGGAUGUUUUAAAGGUUUCAAAAUCCAUUUUCUACGCCUACGCGAACGGUGAUAUUCUUUUUACUGAUACACUGAUCAUAACUUUAAUGGCUCUGUUGAAUUCUAGUGUAAACAAGUCGCAACCGUUGAUGGUUAUAGGUCGGCGAACAAAUGUCGAAAAUGUGACAUCCAACGAUGCGCUGAAUCAAUCAACGAUACAUAAAAUAUCUGAAUCCCGAGGGUCCUUAUUCAGCGUCUGGGGAGAAGACUAUUUUAUAACAAUGAAAGACUAUCCUUGGAAAAACAUUCCAGAAGUUAUUAUAGGCAGACGAGCCUACGACAACUGGCUCGUGCUGGACGCUAGAAGACGCGGGAAUGUGAUUGAUGCAACAGAGACGUUACUGGCUGUCCAUCAAACAACAUAUCGAGGAAACUACGAGGGUCAUAAACACCGAGACAAGGACUACAACCACAACCUCUUGGUGAGAACGUUUAGAAGACUCCAUUACGCGGCGGGAAAAACGUCAUGUGCUGAGUUAUAUACUAAAUACAAUAUAGCACGGGUACCUGAGAUUCACAGGAGAAAAAUUGACAAAGAAUGUUUUCCAUUGUAG